AAAAAAAAAAAUUGAAAGGAAAAAAAUGAAAUUCCCUUUAAAUUAAAAAAAAUGGCUGAAGAGAAGCAGCGGGAGGGAGUGAAAAGUGAAGAAAGCAAACAAUGAGCGAAGAGGGAUUCGAAGAAUGGGAUGCAGAAUUCCUGGAUCAACUCAUCCAAGUUGAAGAGCUUGCUCUUUCUUCUUCUUCCUCAACCGUCAUCCCCAAUCCCAACCCCAACCCCAACCCCAACCCUAACCCUUUCCCUAAUUCACAUGCUCACCACUCUUCUCAUUCCCUUUUUCCUCCUCCCCUGCUUCGCAAUCCCCCCAGCUACUCUCCCCCUCGUCAGCUUUCUCAGAGGGCAUCUCCCUUUGAUUCUUUCCCUCGCUUCUCCAAUGGCACCGCCGCCAAAUGUACUACUACUACUGCUACAUCUCUCUCUUCGGCUCCGACUCUCCGGCGGUCGGAGGUCGACAAAGAACUCGAAAUCGAACGCUUAAAGAGGGAGCUCGGACUUGUGUCGAAGCAGCUUUCGAACUUGGAACAAGAGUUCUCAGUGCUAAGAAAGAAGAGAGAUGGUCAUCCCAAUAAUGUAUCUUCCAAAAACAAAGAAAAAGAAGCAUUUCUUUUCAAUUCUAUAGGCCCAGAUACGGAUGUCAGGGACAGAGAACAUGAAGCUCUUGGUGCGGACCAUCCUGUGGUAUCUCAAAGAUUUCAAAAUGGUAAUAUUGUAGUAAUACCAAGCAGUAAAGCUGCAGGGGUUCAGACAGAUGAUAGUGGCGUUUUUUCUCAAGUAUUCUCAAAUGAAUUAUUAACAUCUCUGGAUCUGUCCAAGAAGUUGUUAGCAAUAUGGGAUUUUCCCAAUGACCAAAUAUUGGGAAGGAAUCUAAUUUCUGAUUUACUUGUGACUUGCCAAGCGGAUCUUCAUGUUCUUUUCGGGUGCAUGGGCAUGAAGUUUUCUGUUGAAUCAAAAAUGGAUUCUCCAGUAUGUAGUAGUUCUAAUGCAGAUCUGCAGUACCCUGUGCACUCACAGCAUACUUCGGAAGCUGCAAAAGUAUCACAUCUUUAUUAUGUGUUGACUAAGAUCAAUAAUGGAAUGGCAGAUCUGGAGGCUUUGUUGGAACCGUUGCUUAAUCUUUGUAUCGUUGAAAGUGUUACCAUUGUUCAUAGAUCGCUUCGUAUACUUCAUAUGUUUCUCAAGCACCUUUUGAGCUUUGAAAGGAAAUUUGGAGAUAGGGAUAAUGUCACGGUAGAUGGACUUUGUUCUGGGAACAACACUUUAAAUCAUCCUGGAUCUGGAACUGCAGAAAAGACAGAUAUAAUUCCUAUUAUUGAGGAUGAGAACUCUUAUUUGUAUGCGGGUUAUGUUCCACUUGGCACUAAACUCUCUGAUAACAAAACUAUAUAUGAGAAGGGAACGUUGAGUUCUGGCCCUGGGAGUUAUGUUUCUCGUGUAGACUGGGUUUCUCUCUUUAAUAUAAUGCUUCAAACUGCCAUGAGAAUUACAGAAGAAUCUGCAAGGCUGGAAGCCGUGUCCAUUAUGAACAUUAUUUUAAUAAGAUGUAAUGCUUACACUGAGAGGGAAAAGUUUGGUAAUACUCAGGUGUUUGAAAGUAUCUUACAACUGCUCAGAAAGGAAACUGGCCUGCAUGUGCAAAAACAUUCUAUUCAACUGCUGUUUCUUCUACUAAAUUGUCCAAAACUAUUGGCCAUGUUCUGCUCUGGUUGUACAGAGGGAAAGUAUACUGGUUCCAUGAAUGAAGACAGGCCAGAUUUUCUCAAAUUUACUUAUACCCUUCAGGGCUUGGCAGAUUGUAUAGCAUGCUCUGGAAAUAGUCUAGAGGAGUUGAGGCUUCGGAGGAAUGCUAUUGUUUUGCUGGCUUUCUUGGCCUCAUCUGGAAAAUCUGGAUUUGAUAUUCUUGUCAGUCAUAAACUAUCUAAAGAUGCAAACUUUCUUAUGUUAAUUCUUCAAGUAAUGGUGUCAGAGAUUGACACAGAAGCAACCAUUAUUCCCAAGUCCACAGAAAUAUUCAAAGAGAGGACAUUACUUAUGCGGGAGGCACUUAUACUUCUUAAUAGACUUGUGUCGAAUCCUGUUUAUUCUGUCCAUGCCUUGCAGUUUUUGACGAAAAACAGAGAUAUGGCUUGCUUGUCAAUUGAUAUUGCAAACAGGUUGUCACGAAAAGAUCUAAGUGGUCAGUUUGAAUACAUGGUGAGGAUGACGAGAGAAUCUGAAAUUGUUGACUUAGCUCGAGUUUUUAAGAAAAGAGUUUUCACAUAUAUGGGAGAUCACAUAGUAUAGAAAAUCACGUGCUUUGAUUAAUUGAAACUUUUGUAAAAUUGUCUAGUUUUACUCAUGCUAAGUUAGUCACUAGAAUCCAAAUAUUAGAGCUGGGGUUCAGCCAUAGUUAAUUUUUUUUGAUGAUGCUGCCCUUGAGUUGUAAAAUUUUAAUGGUCCUAAUGCAGUAUCAGUCAAAUGCAAUGCUGCAAUUUUUUGUUUUUAAAAGGAGACGUGAUAUGUAUAUUAAAGAGCUCCAAUUGAUCAUAA